AUGAAGCGAAAGAAAGACGAUGAUCUUCCACCUCCAAAGGCAAAGCGAAAUAAGGGGAAAACCGUCGAUCGUGGGUUCCCUUCUUUGUUUGCACAUACGCAAACAAGUUUAUUCAAAAAUAUAGCUUUUGAAGCAAAUUUUUCAAUAGCCAAGAACACCCGUAUUACUUUAAAAGCUGCUAAAGAAGACACAUCUGCUCCUGGUCAUUCAAAUGUUACUACCAGUGACAAGGCAUAUAUGCCGACAGUCAACAAAUAUACGAGUGUUCAAGCUGUAUUGUCUGAUCCUAUAUCUUACACUAGUCGUACUUCUGCUCUUAUCAAAACUUCUAAGAAAUAUCAAGACAAGGUUGAUAAGACUGAAGCACUUAAGAAGGAAAAAGAAAAGAGCAAGACGACAACUAAUGAGCAAAAACAAGUACGAUGUCCUUCUUGUGGUGGAACCGAUCACUCUCGCUCCUCCAGCAAGUUGUGUCCUAUGAAUAAGUCAAAAACGAAAUUUUCAAACCUCAAGGAUACUGUCGAGAAAUUUUUUGUAAUCAAGGCAUCUUUGGCUAACAUUUGCAAACAUCCCAAGUUUGUUACCUUGAUUCAAGAAGUAGUUGACCAUAUCACUCAAUUGAAGAGCUUCAAGACCUUUUGUGAGCCUACUUCUCUUACUCAAUCUGACUUGGAUAAGUAUGCAAGUAAAGGGUAUAUGACCAUCGUAUCAUCCAUGGCUAAGCAAUAUGAAACACUGGUUCGCAAUUACGUAUGUUCUACUUAUGGAGAUCGAACUCUCAGACAUAUUCUUAAUGUCUUAUCAGAAAAGGCUUCUUACUUCUGUGAUGAUAGUUUAACAGUCAAACAGAGCAAGUCUUUAGCAAAGCAUAUAUUCCAAUAA